GAGGCGCUUGUUUCAGCGCCCGGGUGGAUGCCGUGGAGCGGGGAUUUCGCCUUGAAGACGCUCUACUACGGGGAGUUUGAGAACUCGGGGGUGGGGGCGAAGUCGUCGGAAAGAGUCGGGUGGAGUAGCCAGAUUCCAGCACAGCAUGUUUUCAGUUACUCUGUUGAGAAUUUCAUUCAGGGAGAUGAAUGGAUUCCUUCAUCACGGUCUGCUGAUGAACCACCAAAAAUGUUGGACAGAAAAACCAAAAUUGUGAAAUUAGAUUAGAUUUACAGAUUGCUCUUUGUAAUUACAGAGUUGUCUGUCGAACUGAAAAUUAUUAGUCAACACAUAAAACUACCCAAAUUAAAUACUCCACAUCUUCUUCUUACCAAAUUUGGGUGAUAUUAUCAUAUAUUGUAGGAUUGGGGAGUAACUUUUGGUUGAAAAAUAUGCAUAAAUUGAUUCAAAUGCUCUCGCGUGCUCCGACCAACAAGUCAGAGGUUCUUGGUGAUAGUUAAAAACGAAAAUACUAUUUUUGUUCC